GUCGCCCUCACCGCCGCCCACGACGACCCCAGCAAGCACAAACGAGACACGGCUUGCCCGCCCUCCUCACUAUCACCAUGUCUCUCGUUGUACCGGAAGCCCAUACACAGUUCCAGCACAUUCUCCGUCUCCUUAACACCAAUGUCGACGGCAAGCGCAAGAUUAUGUACGCUUUGACGGAGAUCAAGGGUGUUGGUCGCCGUUACUCCAACCUUGUUUGCAAGAAGGCCGAUGUUGACCUCAACAAGCGGGCUGGAGAACUGAACUCUGACGAGCUUGAGCGUCUCGUUACGAUCAUCCAAAACCCGACCCAGUUCAAGAUCCCGACGUGGUUCCUGAACAGACAACGGGACAUUGUCGACGGCAAGAACUCGCAGAUCCUGUCCAACAGCGUGGACUCGAAAAUCCGUGACGACCUUGAGCGUCUGAAGAAGAUCCGGGCUCACCGUGGUCUGCGGCACUUCUGGGGUCUCCGAGUGAGGGGUCAGCACACGAAGACAACCGGUCGUCGUGGAAAGACGGUCGGUGUCUCGAAGAAGCGUGGUUAAGCGUGCACAUGAGGUCCGCGCGCUGGAUGUGUUUUGUGCGUGUCUAUACGCUUGUGCCAUGAUCGGCGACAUCAUGACCGGGCUACGUAGUGUUACCGUGUACCAGAAUAUGCAUGCGUCAUGCUUUUGUAUGCAUUCUGUCUAUGGCAUUUCCUCCGAUAUAUUCGUCCUGUCACAGGGCUGCUCGUCCACAAUUGAAGGGGCUCACGUGAU